AGCCGGGUCGUCCCCCAAAUCUCUCUUCCUGCGUCUCCUUCUUCUUCGUCACUUUCGCUGCGAGCAGAGCGCGAAUUGCUACUGCCCCACCACCGCCACCUUCUUCAUCGGCUCCCCCGGAAGCUGCUCAGGCUCGAGAAGCAGCGGGGUUGACAAUGAGCUCGAAGACCUCCGACGCGGCGUCUCCGCUCGAUCCCAUCCCCAUAGACGCCUCCCUCACGCUCGUCCCGCGCGUGAGGCUCACCCUCACCGUGCACCCGGCCAGCCCCUCCUCCCUCGCCAAGCCCCUCGACGACUGGCAGCUCAAGAAGGCCCUGCUCGACUUCCUCAAGGGCUCGCUCGCGGCGCCGCUCUCCGUCCCCGACGGCGACCUCGAGAUCAGGCGCGUGAAGGACGUCCGGAAGCGGCGGCGCGACGAUCCGGUCGCGCACGGCUCGCUCGUGAUCCGCGACCUGGGCUUCCUGAGGAGCUCGAGGGGCUCGCACGCGGAGGACAGCGGCGGGGAGGACGGGGUUAGGGUUUUGGAGGAGAAGUACGCGGACUGGAAGAGGUAUCUGGUGGAGAAGAUGAACGGCAUGGAUUUGGUGCUUGGAGGCGUGAAGUUCAUGCUGGGUGUCGAAGCGCCGGCCUCGGAUAGUUUCGAAGGGAUGAGGAAGGAGUGGGAGGAGUUUUACGCUUUUGGAAAUCGAGGGCAUUCGAGGGGAGGAAGGCAAGAGCCGGAUACAGUCGUGUUGCGAGGGGUGCCGUCGAGGUGGUUCGCCGAGCCUAGAGUGUCGUCGAAGCCCUCGAUGUUGGUCACGCAUACGAUCUUCUCCACGUUUGGAAGUAUAAGGAAUAUCAAUGUGGCUGAGGACGUCGACUUUGGUCGGGGGAGAGAUGAGGAUACAGAUGGCUUAGUUUCAGGUCUGCAUUGCAAGAUUGUGGUCCAAUUUGAAAAACACAGGGAUUUCCACAGUGCUAUGAAAGCUUUAUGUGGCCGAUCAUUGGAAAAGCAAGGAUCACGAUUGAGAGCUGACUAUGAGGUUUCCUGGGACAAGGAUGGCUUUUUCCGGAACUCUAGAAGUGAAACUCAAGAGAAAAGCAGCAGGAUGACUUCAUUGGCAUCGGGACCAUACAGAAGCGAAUAUCCGAAACACAUUUCUCGCCACAGCCCUGAGAAAACUCGGCCAAAGAGAUUCAGGGAAUAAGGAAGAGGCUUUGCGUAAUCUUAUCAUCCUCCCGA